AUAGCGCGGUGAGUUUGAAACUGCUGGCACUGAAGUUUCAAGGCUGGCUCUGGGAGGUUAGGAACUUGUUACCUGGGGUCGCGGCCACGGCGGAGAGAGAUCUACCGUACCUUCAAGAAUGGAGGACUACACCAAAAUUGAGAAAAUUGGAGAGGGUACCUAUGGAGUUGUUUAUAAGGGCAGACACAAAACCACAGGUCAAGUGGUAGCUAUGAAGAAAAUCAGACUAGAAAGUGAAGAGGAAGGGGUUCCUAGCACUGCAAUUCGGGAAAUUUCUUUAUUAAAAGAACUUCGCCAUCCAAAUAUAGUCAGCCUCCAGGAUGUGCUCAUGCAGGAUUCCAGGUUGUAUCUCAUCUUUGAAUUCCUUUCCAUGGAUCUUAAGAAAUACUUGGACUCAAUUCCUCCUGGUCAGUUUAUGGAUUCCUCACUUGUUAAGAGUUACUUGUACCAGAUCCUACAGGGGAUUGUGUUUUGUCACUCUAGAAGAGUUCUUCAUAGAGACUUAAAACCUCAAAAUCUGUUGAUUGAUGACAAGGGAACUAUUAAGCUGGCUGAUUUUGGCCUUGCCAGGGCUUUUGGAAUACCUAUUAGAGUGUAUACACAUGAGGUAGUAACACUCUGGUAUAGAUCUCCAGAAGUACUGUUGGGGUCAGCUCGGUAUUCAACUCCAGUUGACAUUUGGAGUAUAGGCACCAUAUUUGCAGAGUUGGCAACCAAGAAACCACUUUUCCAUGGAGAUUCAGAAAUUGAUCAACUCUUCAGGAUUUUCAGAGCUUUGGGCACUCCCAAUAAUGAAGUGUGGCCGGAAGUGGAAUCUUUACAGGACUACAAGAAUACAUUUCCAAAGUGGAAACCAGGAAGCUUAGCAUCCCACGUCAAGAAUUUGGAUGAAAACGGCUUAGAUUUGCUCUCAAAAAUGUUAGUCUACGAUCCUGCCAAACGGAUUUCUGGCAAAAUGGCACUAAAUCAUCCAUAUUUUCAUGAUGUGGAAAAUCAAAUUAAGAAGAUUUAGCUCCCCGACGACAAGUUUCCACAUAUUCUAUCAAGAAUGAAUAGUUGUGUUUUUACUGUUAACUCUGUUUUUGUCUUAUAUAUGUUUCUUUGUUGUAAAACUUAAGCUGUUCUUUACUUCUAAUUUCAAAACUGUAACUUAAAAAUGUAAAUAUUGUUCUAUAUGAAUUUAUAAAACCUGUAAAUGUGUGUAGAUCUCACUGUGACAACGAUUUGUUACUAUAAUAAAGCUAUAAAUCCAAUGUUCUUAGGAAUUGGGGAGAAUUUGAGGAAGCUUGCAGCGUUUCGAUCCUUAGAGCAGGUUUGCUGUAGUUAGAACUAUUAAAAUUUGGGAAAGUGUGCUAAGUUCAAAUUUCAUUAAUUCCUGAAGCAUACAUAUGCUUUGAAUCUUUGUGUCGGUUACUUCCCGUAUAGCCUGCCUGAAGGCAAAUAUUUUUCUGCUGGUAUUUUUAUUGGUGAGAACACUAAACGGUAUAUUGCGACAUGAUGCUAGAUUUCAAGGAGUCUCCAGGAACUCACAUUAGAGUAUGCCAACAAGGGCUGUCUACAGCACGGAAGAACAGUUUGGAACAUUUAUGAGCUAUCCUAUUUUUAGGAGUGUUAUGAAAGCUACUGUCAAAGUGAAUUUUUGUGCCUUGGUCAGAAGUAAUAACCAUUGGAAGGAGUUGCUUAUCUUGGCUUUCAAGCAUGACUUAACUUCGAAAUUUUGACAGUGUUUAUUAGCAGCCUUCAACAAAGUUUCUGAUGUACGAAACAUGUAUUUGGCUGAAAUCACUAGGUUUAGUAAUUAAAUGGUCUAAUUGAUAAUGCUGCUGUUUGUGAUUCUUACUCUGUAAACAGCCUGAUUUAAAUUACCUGGAAUAAUCGUGAGAAGGAUCUGAUAGUAGCUUGGAUUUACUGUAUGACUGACCGUUUCAAUUUUUUUUUUUUCACCUAUGGCUAGAAUGGUCAUUCCUGUGCAAGUGACUUUAAAUACAGGUUUUUAAAUCCUGGUGAUUGGAUAUGUAGUCAGAAAACCUAUCUAAUCCCUGUUACCUUGGAAAUUCUGUCAUUUAGAGGCCAUGUGGGGGUCCCCUUUGGCAGGGUAAGGAGUGUAUUGUUUACCAAGGGCUUUUGGUGAAUAUGAUCUGCUGUAACUCAGUGGAUGGAAGUUAUUUGGGGACAUCUUAGAAGGUUAAGAUUUCAUGGUAGGGAUUUGGUGAAUAAAAGGUAGUAUAAAAGAUUUAAGAAAAAUGCAAUGCAUGUCAAUAGCUUGUGUUUCCUCAGAGUGAGGCAUUGAACUAGAUGGAUACUGUCCUUCAAGUGGUAGAUUACAACCCUUUAGUUUCUUGGGACCUCAAUCCCAUUGCGGGAUAGAAACUCAGCAUUUCCUAUGUAGUUAGGAAAUAAUGCAAUUAAAGUUAUUUUGGUGCAAGA